UGGUUCUUUUGACGUGGAACCGGCGAGGGGUUUGCACGUCGUAGGGACAGUAAAUCAGCGCGCAGUGCAAGCCAUCUGUUGCUGGCGGCUGUUGAGCGCUCGGCGUAUCAUAGGGUGGGGUUACGGUGGAUGCAACCUGGGCCGUCUAUUUAUCGUUAAUUUUCACUUAUUUCAUUUAGACAAACUUGUGAUCAAGUAUUGGCAACAAAUGUCUUGGCUCGUUGGUGGUGGGCUCACUUGACUCGCGGUUUGGCAAGAGUAAAUUUCAGAUGUCACCUAGAAUUGGUUGUGGUCUGAUUUGGUCGAGCAAGCUUGCAAUUCAAAAUUAAACUUAUAAUAAUUGCGUUAUUCACUCCAGAUAUAAAUAUUUUAUGCGCUAGAAUUUCGAAAGUAUUCAAGCACUGGAGUUUAAUCGUUGACCUGGAUAGAAAUGUUUGUUUUGGUCCAAAACUAAACCGUGUACUACAUGCGUGCGCUUCUUUACAAAAACUCGACCCACGCGGCGAAAAAUAAACCCGCGAACACGGCAUAACGCGAUCCGCGUGCUCAUUUCAAAAGUGUGAAAAGUACAAUUAUUUGCUUUAUUGCAUUACUAUUUUCGGAACGCUUAAAAAAUCUCGUGGUUGAGUUAUUUGCGAAAAGGAAGAAUACAACAAUCGCAUUCUGCAUUAGGGUGAUAUUGGCUUCUGGUGACUCAAGUGGUAGAGCGGUUUAGUGGCACGCGUCAGAGCGUGCGCUAGUGUUCGUUAUCCAAUCAGAGCGCGCGCGUUGACUUAGCCAAACAAUGACGAACAAUAGCGGGUCGCGUGCGGCCACAAUGCCUUGUUCUGAUUGGCCGAAAUAAAUUGAUCACACAUGCCACUCGUAAAUUGCAAAUGCCGCGGGGUCUGCACUGUUUACAAAAUAUUCACUAGGAUUUUUAUUUAGUAAACAAAUCAACGGCCAUGGGUGACCUAAACAGCUUUUCGAUCAAGCGUAUUGGUACAUAUGAUCUUUCCGGUACGCGUCUUGGGAAAGGGAAUUUUGCAUUCGUGGAGCUUGCCUUUAAUCGCGUUACAAAAUCCAAGGUUGCAGUCAAGGUGAUUGACACUCGUAAAAUCAAAGAUGACUACGUAAAGAGGAAUAUUCUACGCGAGGCUCUGCUCUUAAAACGAGCACACCAUCCGAAUAUUGUCAAGCUGUACGAGACCCUCAAACAACGUGGGGUUUACUGUCUGGUGACAGAAUACAUCCCAGGAGGGGAGCUGCUAGGACUCAUCCGCUCACACCAGGAGUCGCGAUUGUCCGAGACACAAGCUAGGCCGAUUGUGCGCCAGAUAGUGUCGGCCUUGCAUCAUUUACACGAGCAAGGCAUCGUUCACAGGGACCUCAAAAUGGAGAAUAUUUUACUGGACGAGUCCAAAAAGACCAUCAAGAUUGUUGAUUUCGGUCUGAGCAACAAAUACAGUGGUGGAGAACUGUUGAAGACUCAAUGUGGGUCCCCGGAGUACGCGGCGCCUGAACUCUUCAAAAAAGGCUGUCGUUACGGCGGGGAAGUCGACAUAUGGAGUUUAGGCAUAAUAACCUUUGGCAUGGUUGUAGGAAAACUUCCGUUUAGGACGCCUCACUCCGGUGGGCGUGGUCGGAAUGACCUCGUGGAUCAGAUGUCGCGUGGGUUGAAUGCCAUUCACAGUAAAUACCUGGCGACCCUCUCACCAGAAUGCAGAGAUGUGCUACGGAAGCUUCUAGAACCCAAUCCUCAACUCAGAAUAUCCCUGACUGAACUGAUGGCCCACCCCUGGUUGACGUCUAAAGGCACGUGGCCUCUGGAACCGUACGUCGCACCGGAAGUCGAUCCUCAGAUUAUAGCAAAGGUUCUAGACAAGGUGUCUGCGCUCACCAAGAUGCCGAAGUCAAAGAUCGAAAUGCACUUAUCGCGAAAUCGUUACGACACCGUGUCGGGUAUCUAUAACCUUAUACUUGACGACGAAGUUCGACAGUAUGCAGAACGAGAGAAAAUGCAAGUUAGAAACAAGAGAGACAAACACGUUGCGUGGCAACACAGAAAAAUGAAUGUAGAUAACCAGUCGACAGAUGCCGUCAUCAAGGUCAGCAUAAAGCAUAACGGCCACAAGCAGAGUCACGACAAGCAGAGUCACGACAAGCAGAGUCACGCCAAGCAGAGUCACGCCAAGCAGAGUCACGCCAACAACGAGGAUAACUCCACGAGGCAGGAGCAAGGAGAGGUUAAUGACAACAUGGAACGAGUGAAGAGAGAAGAGACGACGAGAUGCGAGCAGAGCAGCCCACUGGAUAUCCUACAGAUUAGAGGCCUAAAAAUGUGUCAGGUCGGUCCGCAGCAGAGAAGAACAAGCGCAUGCUCCAGAAGCAGGUCAUGCUCCGCUGACCGCACUGAGCCCCGAUUAACGGCUCAAGAGCGCCAUCAUCACCGCAGCUCGAGCGUGCCCGCCCAUGGUAGACCCCAGUCCACGCAACCACGUCUCAAGCAGUCUACCGCUACGGGACAGAAUACCACCAUCACCGAGGAGAGUGAAGUGCACGGGAAACACGUGACCUCAUCCCCAAGGUGGGGAAAGCCCGUAGGUUGCAGUUCGCCAGACAUCGUAGAGAAUGAAGAGACUGAAGAAAAACAGAAAGAAGACAAUGGACCGGUGGAGAGCCCGGAACACAGCAAAACGGCAACCAAGGUACAGCCCACGCACGGGAGAAAUAAGAGUGCAGUUACCCGGCAAACGCACAGCCCAGCAACGGUAUCCACGAUCGCAUGGGCUGACCGAGCGAACGGGACCUUGCAACGCAGGCUCGCUAAAACACCGAAACAUAUGCGGUCUGCCCAAAAAACGCCUGCGCAUUACGGCUCUCAGGGCAAAGGACAGUCAGAGGUGACCGGACUUGGACCAGUAUCCCAGAGUCCGGACUUUCAUGCACCAACACCGGACACGGUCUAUAACUGGCCGGAGUACCGCAAACUCUGUUCUCAGUCGGCCAAAGAUAACAGACCUCGCAAGCUUGGUGACGUCACGAGAAAUGGCGGAAAAAGCGAGAAGGACUUGUGCGAGGUGAUCAAGUGGUCUAAGGACAAGGGCAAGAUAACUGACAAUAUGUACGCCAUCUACCAGCGAUACCUUGCCAACUGCAAGCCCCACCACAAGCGCUUGUCCAUCAUGCAAGCUCAAGAAAUACUGCAACACGAUUACAAGUUCCAUGCCAAAUAUGGGCGUAAGAGUAGCCCGGAUGUGAAUGAAAAAGAAGACGUUUUUGACGCUGAUGAGAACAAGAACUCUUCAGAGAGAAACCAUAAGGGUUUUUGGCGCGAGAAGAAGCCGCAGUCGUGUGUGAAGACGUACCCUGGGGUAACCCUGAAGGAGGAGCAGAGAGAGCUCGUGCUUCACGCCAGUCAAUGCAACUGGAAGAAGGCCGCCAUACAGGAGAGUAACCUCACGAGUAAGGAGAGCGAGGGCAAGGCGACCAAGGGCUCUGAGGAAGAGACUGGGUGCUCUGGGGGAAUGGGUAAGAAGCAAGAAAAACUCACAACAAAGCAAGAGGAGUCACUGAAGCGUCAAAAGCACCGAGAAUUAGCGGAAGAAGUUGAUCGUGAACAAAAGAGGGUGGAGCGUGAGCUACAGGACACCGAACGAGUGGCUCUAAUCGAGCAUUAUCUAGAUGACAUUUAUACAAAAUACAGCGUGAAGGCAACCACCCUUCAGCUCAACAAGACCCCGGAUAAUACGCACGCGCAGAAGAACUACACAAAGACUUGCAGGGGUAAACUUUACUCGUGGCUACCAAUGAAACGACCACGUGUCAAGACAGGCAACCUGGCGAAUGGGAUUUUCACAAAGCCCGCUUCGAUUUUACAGAGCAGUCAUGGAAAAGGGUUGAUUGACAAAAAGAUUACCUUUAAAGAGCAAUUAAAUGGCAAGAACGCCAACCCGAACAUCCGGUACUUUAACGACUGGAGCAAAACAGCGUUCAUCAACUACGUGAACAGCGAGGGGGAGUUCCAGGUGGACGAGACCGACCACGAUUUAUCCCUGCAGUUACAGCUCAAAGACGCACGUUAUUGGCUACAGAGACACAUGAGUGGAGUUGUGGCAAAGUCAUCCACCAAAAAUGUCGAUUCGCCGACCAUGAGACAAGCAUGAAACACUGAGCAGUUACUACAUUGGAUUAUUCAAAGAGGAAUUUUUAAAAUUUGACUGUACACCAUGUAAUUAAAAUAAACAAAUAAAUAAAAUUGUUCGUGGUA